AUGACCUACUCCAUCUACGACGCCUCCAUCGUCAUCGCCAAGGACGCCCUCGCGUCCCUCGCCUCGGUCCUGAAAAAGGGCGAGGAGCACGCCAACGCCGCCAGCCUGCCCGAGGCGCGCAUCGCCCCGGACAUGCUGCCGCUGGCCUUCCAGGUCCACGUGGUGACGGACACGGCGUCCAAGAUGUUUGCGCGCCUCUCGGGCGAGGAGCCCGCGGCCCUCGAGAACAACCUCAAGACGUUUGCCGACUUCAGCGCCCGCAUCGCCCAGGUCGAGGCCAUCCUCGCCAAGGCCGACGAAAAGACCAUCAACGCCCGCGUCGCCGAGAUUGUCACCAUCGGCCUCGGCCCUGGCAAGUCGGCGCCCAUGCCCGCCUCGGCCUACGUCAACGGCUACGCGUUGCCCAACCUCUUCUUCCACCUGACGACGGCCUACGACAUUCUGCGCAAGGAGGGCGUGCCCCUGGGCAAGAUGGACUACCUGAUGCCGUUUAUCGGCAAGCACGUUCCCCAGCAGUAG